AGAAGUUGAUUAAAGCUGUUGGAGAAUAAAACAUGGGACCAUUCAGCUUAAAAUAUAUUGUUUUCAUGGCAUCAAUAGCAGUCUAUUUUUACAGGCAAAACGUAGCUAAUUUCAUAAUAUCGAAUGGAUUUUUUCGUGAAAUAAUCAAUCAUCAUCCAGGAAAAUGCCGUGUUUUGAACGGUAUUAAAGGCUCUGAAGAUAUGCAUCAAUUAUCGAAUGGUAAGGUUAUUAUAACCUCUGACAUUGGUAAUAUUGCAGAUCCAACGAAUCAACUACCAAAUCACAAAGGACGCCUUUUUACAAUUGAUUUAGAAAGUGUUGCUAAGAAAUUAAUUGAAUUAGAAUUACCAAAAGAAUUGGAGGCAAGUAAUUUCUUUCCACACGGUAUUAGCGUGCUGGAAAGGCCUGGAAAAUUUCCCUUGGUCUAUGUCAUCAACCAUCCAAGGUUGUCUUCGGACAGAGUAGAGAAACUGGAAUGGGAUAUUAACACAAACAAAUUAAAAUAUUUGAAAUCUUUUACUGAUCCAAAAUUCACUUUUAUCAACGAUUUAGUCGUUUACGAAGAAGAUGUAUUUUACGUAACGGUCUUUUUAAGGUCUACUUCAAGGUUUAUGAGGGAAAUCGAAGGAACUUUUAAAUUACCUCUUGGAUACGUUCUAUUAUAUAAUCACGGUGAAACUUCAAUACAGGCGGAUGGAUUAUCUAUGCCAAAUGGUAUCAAUUUAUCAAAUGAUAAGAAACUGCUCUAUCUUGCCGAAGGUGGAUCUUACAACAUUCAAAUUUUUAAACGGCAUGGUAUUGAAAAAUUGGAAUUAAUUCAAAAUGUUCCAUUGCAUACCAUGCCUGAUAAUAUUUCUGUGGAUAAAAAUGGCGAUUUACUUAUUGGUUGUCAUCCAAAACUUAUUGAUGUAUAUUUCCAUCUCCAUGACAACAGCUUAAUAUCUCCUUCUCAAAUACUACGAGUGAAAAUUCAAAACGAUAGAGCUCAGUCAGUAACUGAAAUUUUUGCAGACAACGGAAACCUGGUGAAGGCUUCUACAGUUGCUGUUGUGAAUAAAAAUGCUCUACUAAUUGGUACAAUAGGCAAUGAACUUUUAUUGUGUGACAUUCAUCAAGAUUAUUUGCCUUAA